CCUUUUUCAUCAUGGCUGCUGUGUCUACUCUCUCAAGUAACGCUCAGAUUGGACACUGACUCGAUUUCUACCUUUUCAGUGUCUCUUUAACUUUUGGUGUAUACAUCAACUGCCGCUUGGAUGCAAAUCCCGUUCUCCACCUUCCCCUGCUCUCAUUCAGUGGGAUAACCUUCACCAAUCACUCCCUCCACUGGGCCUUUUUUUAUCCCCAAAAACAACCAGCCAGCAACAACAGCUUCCAGUGCAAUGGUGUGACUCAGUUCUCCUCUUGAUGAACAAUGUGUGAAAACUGCGCCGAGCUGGUGGAGGUUUUAAAUGAAAUAUCGGAUGCAGACGGCAGUGAAGGAGGUUUCCAGCUAAAGAAGGAACAUGCCCUGCGAGUGCUGGGCUACAUCAGCUCCUGGACACAGAGACAAUGCCUCUGCUGCUUCAAGGAGUACAAGCACCUGGAGGUGUUCAACCAGCUGGUGUACGCCCUCAUCAACCUGGUCAUCGCUCAGAUCAGCAGCCUGAGAGACCGCCUCUGCUGCGUCCAGGAUCACACACAUAAAGGAGGCCUAUGUGGGGCCGAGGGGGGGUCUGAAUGGAGCGGGGCGGAGGCUGCACCCGGGCCCCUCCCUCAACCAUCCUCACCUGGGGAGGACGAACCUGUUAACGUGGAGAGAGACUCUGCAGAGGAGGACGCCGACACCUCUGACCUGAACCAGAAUAAGAUCCAGGGUCAGGGGGUCAGCCAGCCGUGUGAAGCCCAGAUAGAAGCACUGGGGCCUGGGGAAAGCGGCAGCGGGGCCGAGGGAGGGGAUGGAGGUGCUGGAGGAGGAGGCGGCAGCAGCGACAACCAGGACCCGUUCAGCUCCUGGAGCACCGAGGAGAGGGAGAAACUGCUCCUGUGUGCCGCAAAGAUUUUCCAGAUCCAGUUCCCGCUCUACACAGCCUACAAACACAACACACACCCCACUAUAGAGGACAUAUCUGCUCAUGAAAGCAACAUCCUGGGCUCCUUCUGCGACAUGAACGACGUGGAGGUCCCUCUGCACCUGCUGCGCUACGUCUGUCUGUUCUGCGGGAAGCACGGCCUCUCGCUGAUGAAGGAGUGCUUCGAGUCGGGGACUCCGGAGAGCCUGCCCUUCCCCAUCGCACACGCCUUCAUCACCAUCGUCUCCAACAUCAGAAUAUGGUUGCACAUUCCCGCGGUCAUGCAGCACAUCAUACCGUUCCGCACCUAUGUAAUACGGUAUCUGUGUAAGCUGUCAGACCAGGAGCUGCGGCAGAGCGCGGCACGCAACAUGGCCGACCUGAUGUGGAGCACGGUGAAGGAGCCGCUGGACAGUGCGCUGUGCUUCGACAAGGAGAGCCUGGACCUCGCCUUCAAAUACUUCAUGUCCCCCACGCUCACCAUGAGGCUGGCCGGACUCAGCCAAAUCACUAACCAACUCCACACCUUCAAUGACGUCUGCAACAACGAGUCCCUGGUAUCCGACACAGAGACGUCUAUAGCAAAGGAACUAGCAGACUGGCUGAUCCACAACAACGUGGUAGAGCACAUAUUCGGACCAAAUUUGCACAUAGAGAUCAUUAAACAAUGCCAGGUGAUCUUGAACUUCUUGGCUGCAGAGGGCCGACUCAGCACGCAGCAUGUGGACUGUAUCUGGGCUGCAGCUCAACUGAAACACUGUAGCCGUUACAUCCACGACCUCUUCCCCUCGCUCAUCAAAAACCUGGACCCUGUGCCUCUCCGCCACGUCCUCAACCUGGUGUCUGGCCUGCACCCCAGCGCACACACCGAGCAGACGUUGUACCUGGCCUCCAUGCUGAUCAAGGCUCUCUGGAACAACGCGCUGGCAGCCAAGGCUCAGCUCUCCAAACAGAGCUCCUUCGCCUCCCUGCUCAACACUAACCUGCCCAUGGGCAACAAGAAAGGUUCGCCCGCUGCCAGUCCGGACAGCAGCGACAACAGCGACACGCAGCACAGCGGAGGCAGCGACAUGGAGAUGGACGACCAGAUGAUGAGCGGCAGCAAGCGUGGCCAGCAGAGGCUGUCCGACACUGAGGAGUCGAUGCAGGGCAGCUCGGACGAGACGGCUAACAGCGUGGAGGAGGGCAGCAGCGGGCCGGGCAGCAGCAGCGGCCGCAGCGAAGCCUCCAGCAACGAGGCCGCCUCCAGCCGAGCCAGCCAAUCAGCGGGGAGCCCCGGCAGCGAGAUGCACUCUGACGACAUGGCCGACAGCGAGGCCCUGAAGGAGGAGGAGGACGAUGAUGAGGAGGAAGACGACGAGGACGACGACGAUGACGAUGAGGACGACGAAGAUGAGGGGAACCGGUCGGCUGCUGAAGGCGGGCAUCAGAAGGAGCCCAGGGAGCAGACGGAGUCCCGGAAGAGGAAGGCGGGGGAGGCUCUCGGUGAAGGGACAAGCCAGGGGGCGGGGCCUGGUGGUUCAGGAGGCGGGGCUAAACCCAAAGGCCUCCCCUUCAACCCGGACACUUCUGCUGUCAUGGUAACAGCGGCGUCAAUGGAGGGCCGGAUGAGGAUGCUGGACGCUUGUUCUGCGUCGACGUCCGCUCGGCCCGACGUGACGGAGCCCCAGCAGCAGCCGCCGGAGAUCGGGCCCUCGCAGAUGGUGCAGGGGCCUCAGGAGCCGCCGUGCCUGCCACGGCCCGGAGACUUCCUGGGGGAGGCCAUGGGCAGCGAGCUCUUCAACUGCCGGCGCUUUAUCGGCCCCCAGCACCACCACCAUCACCACCAUCACCACCACCACCAUGAAGGUGCGAUGGUGGAGGACAUGCUGAGCGCUGACGACGUGUCCUGCAGCAGCUCUCAGGUCAGCGCCAAGUCGGAGAAGAACAUGGCCGACUUCGACGGCGAAGAGUCGGGCUGCGAGGAGGAGCUGGUGCAGAUCAACUCCCACGCCGAGCUCAGCUCCCACCUCCAGCAGCACCUCCCCAACCUGGCCUCCAUCUACCACGAGCACCUGGUGCAAGGUCCGGCGGUCCAUAAGCACCAGUACUCCAGCAGCCACGCUGUGACCGACAUCAACCUGGACAACGUGUGUAAGAAGGGGAACACUCUGCUGUGGGACCUGGUGCAGGACGAGGACGCGAUCCAUCUGUCUGAGGGUCUGAUUAACGAAGCGGAGAAGCUGCUGUGCUCGCUCGUCUGCUGGUUCACCGACAGACAGAUCCGGAUGCGCUUCAUCGAGGGUUGCCUUGACAACCUGGCUCACCACAGGUCUGUCGUUGUUUCCCUGCGUCUACUACCCAAACUUUUCGGCACUUUUCAGCAGUUCGGCUCCAGCUACGACACUCACUGGAUCACCAUGUGGGCAGAGAAGGAGCUGCACAUGAUGAAGCUGUUCUUCGACAACCUGCAGCACUACAUCCAGGAGGUCCGGGAACACCGGCACAAGUUUGCACUGUACAGCCACAGUGCGGAGGUCCAGGUCCGGCUGCAGUUCCUCACCUGCGUCUUCUCCACACUGGGGUCCCCGGACCACUUCAGGCUGAGUCUGGAGCAGGUUGACAUCCUGUGGCACUGCCUGGUGGAAGAUGCCGAGUGCUACGACGACGCUCUGCACUGGUUUCUCAAUCAGGUCCGCAGCAAGGACCAGCAUGCAAUGGGCAUGGAGACCUACAAACAUCUAUUCCUGGAGAAGAUGCCCCAACUGAAACCAGAGACCAUCAGUAUGACCGGCCUCAACCUCUUCCAGCACCUCUGUAACUUGGCGCGCCUCGCCACCAGCGCCCUGGACAACGCCUCCAGCUGUGAGCUGUGUGGGAUGGACCAGCUGUGGGGCAUCGCUCUGAGAGCUCAGUCUGCAGAUAUCAGCCGCGCUGCCAUCCAGUACAUCAACUCCUACUACAUCAACGCGGGUAAGACGGGGCUGGAGAAGGAGCAGGAGUUCAUCAGGAAGUGUAUGGAGAGUCUGCUGCUGGCUUCGGCCAACCUGGAGAAGGACGCCCACUCCAGCCUGACGAGCAUUGAGAGGGGGCUGCUGAUGCUCAAGACUCACCUGGAGGCCUUCAGACGCAGGUUUGCGUACCACCUGCGGCAGUGGCAGAUCGAAGGGACGGGGAUCAGCAGCCACCUGAAGGCUCUGAGCGACAAACAGUCCCUGCCUCUGAGGAUCGUCUGUCAGCCUGCAGGGCUGCCUGACAAGAUGACCAUCGAGAUGUACCCCAGCGACCAGGUGGCCGACCUGCGAGCAGAGGUGACCCACUGGUACGAGAACCUGCAGAAGGAGCAGAUGAACCAGCAGGCUCAGCUGCAGGAGUUCGGACAGAGCGGCCGGCAGCCCGCAGACUUCCCUGAAGUGUGUGUCUCGCCUGCAGGAGGUCUGAUGGGCCCGGUCCGAAUGAUCUCCUCCGGCCACGAGCUGACCACGGACUACGACGAGAAGACUCUGCAUGAGCUCGGCUUCAAAGACAUGCAGAUGGUGUUUGUGUCUCUGGGAGCUCCUCGCAGGGAGAGGAAGGGGGAGGGCGUCCAGCUGCCGGCCUCCUGCCUGCCCCCCCCUCAGAAGGAGCACAUCCCCAUGCUGCUGCUCCUGCAGGAGCCGCACCUCACCACGCUGUUCGACCUGCUGGAGAUGCUGGCCUGCUUCAAACCGCCUAACCCCAACACGGAGAAGCUCAACGAAAACCCAGAGCAGAGUGCUCUGUGCGAGGAGCUUCACCUCCACGCAGAGAAUCUGUCCCGUCGGGUUUGGGAGCUGCUGAUGCUUCUUCCUACAUGUCCCAAGAUGCUUCAGGCCUUCCAGAACAUCUCAGACGACACGAAUGGGGAGGGUCUGUGCUGGAAGGAGCUGCUGAGGAUUAAAAGCCCCCACAAGCUGCUCUACGCUCUGGAGAUCAUCGAGGCUCUGGGAAAACCCAACAGACGCAUCCACAGAGAAUCCACUGGCAGCUACAGCGACCUGUAUCCAGACUCGGACGACUCCAGUGAGGAUCAAAUCGAGAACAGCAAGAACACCUGGAGCUGCAAGUUUGUCUCCUCUGGAGGUCUGCAGCUUCUCCUGGAGAUCUUCAACUCGGGUAUCCUGGAGCCCAAAGACCAGGAGUCCUGGACUGUGUGGCUGCUGGACUGCCUCGCCUGCCUGCUGAAGUUGAUCUGUCAGUUUGCCGUUGACCCUGCAGACCUGGACCUGGCCUACCACGAUGUCUUCUCCUGGUCCGGCCUCGCAGACAGCCAGCGCAAACGUCUGUGGCCGAGCAAAUCCCGCAAGUCCACCGUGGAGCACGGGAAGGGUCUGCACAUCCCCCGACUCACCGAGGUGUUCCUCAGCCUGGUUCAGGGUACUAACCUCAUCCAGCGCUUGAUCAACGUGGCCUACACCUACGACAACCUCGCACACAGGGUUCUGAAAGCUCAGUCGGACCACAGGUCUCGUCAUGAAGUGACUCACUACUCCAUGUGGCUGCUGGUGAGCUGGGCCCACUGCUCCUCCACAGUGAAGUCCAGUCUGGCCGACAGCGACCAUCUCCACGACUGGCUGAAGAAGCUCACGCUGCUGGUGCCUGAGCCGGCGGUGAGGCACGAGGCGUGUAACGGCCUCUACAAGCUCUCUCUGUCGGGGCUGGAGAGCGGAGAGUCCAUCAACAGAUCCUUCCUGCUGCUCGCCGCCUCCACGCUCCUCAAGUUCCUGCCUGACGCACAGGCCCUCAAACCACUCAGGGUGGAGGACUAUGAGGAGGAGCCUCUGCUGAGGACGGGCUGUAAGGAAUACUUCUGGCUGCUCUGCAAACUCAUCGACAACAUCCACGUUAAAGACGCCAGCCAGAAGGUCUCUCCCUCUCUGUCGCUGGCCGCCCCGCUGCAGACGACGCUGCUCGACCUGGACGCUCUCGCCCGACACCUCGCCGACUGCAUCCGGAGCCGUGAGAUCCUGGACCAGCAGGAUGGGAUGAUCGAGGACGACGGGCUGACCGGCCUCCUGCGACUCGCCACCAGCGUCCUCAAACACAAGCCUCCCUUCAAGUUCUCCCGCGAGGGUCAGGAGUUCCUGCGCGACGUGCACAACCUCCUCUUCCUCCUGCCCAGCCUGGCCGACCGCGCUCAGCCCAAAUGUAAGUCCCACGCCGCCCGGGCCGCCGCCUACGACCUGCUGGUGGAGACGGUGAAGGGAUCUGUGGAAAACUACCGGCUGCUGCACAACUGGGUCAUGUCCCAGCACAUGCAAGCCUCUCACGCUCCGUACAAGUGGGACUACUGGCCCCACGACGACGUUCGGGCCGAGUGCCGCUUCGUGGGUCUGACUAACCUCGGGGCAACGUGCUACCUGGCCUCCACCAUCCAGCAGCUCUACAUGAUCCCUGAGGCCCGGCAGGCCGUGUUCACAGCCAAGUACGCUGAGGAUAUCAAACACAAGACCACGCUGCUGGAGCUGCAGAAGAUGUUCACAUAUCUCAUGGAGAGCGAGAGGAAGGCGUACAACCCUCGCCCGUUCUGUAAAACCUACACGAUGGACAAGCAGCCGCUGAACACCGGGGAGCAGAAGGACAUGACGGAGUUCUUCACCGACCUCAUCACCAAGAUCGAGGAGAUGUCCCAGGAGCUGAAAAACACGGUGAAGACUCUGUUUGGAGGCGUCAUCACCAACAAUGUGGUCUCUCUGGACUGCGACCACGUCAGUCAGACUGCAGAGGAGUUUUACACUGUCAGAUGUCAAGUGGCGGACAUGAAGAACAUCUACGAAUCUCUGGAUGAAGUGACGAUAAAGGACACUCUUGAAGGCGACAACAUGUACACCUGCUCCCAGUGCGGCAAGAAGGUCCGCGCUGAGAAAAGGGCGUGUUUCAAGAAGCUGCCCCGGAUCCUGAGCUUCAACACCAUGAGAUACACCUUCAACAUGGUGACGAUGAUGAAGGAGAAGGUCAACACACACUUCUCCUUCCCGCUGCGCCUCGACAUGACGCCCUACACCGAGGACUUCCUCAUGGGCAAAGGAGAGCGCAAAGAGGGUUUUCGGGAAGAGGGAGAGGCAAAGGUCACGGAGAGCUACGAGUACGACCUCAUCGGCGUCACGGUUCACACGGGCACGGCAGACGGCGGCCAUUACUACAGCUUCAUCAGAGACAUCGUCAACCCGCACGCCUACAAGAACAACAAGUGGUACCUGUUCAACGAUGCCGAGGUGAAGCCCUUCGACUCGGCCCAGCUGGCCUCUGAGUGCUUCGGUGGAGAGAUGACGACUAAAACCUACGACUCCGUCACCGACAAGUUCAUGGAUUUCUCUUUUGAGAAGACGCACAGUGCCUACAUGCUCUUCUAUAAGCGGGUGGAGCUGGAGGAGGAGAACGGGAAGGACUUUAGCUUUGACGUCUCUCCGGACCUGCUGGAGUGGAUCUGGCACGACAACAUGCAGUUCCUCCAGGAUAAAAACAUAUUUGAGCACACGUACUUUGGUUUCAUGUGGCAGCUCUGCAGCAGCAUCCCCAGCACCUUACCCGACCCUAAAGCCGUCUCCCUCAUGACCGCUAAGCUCAGCACAUCAUUCGUCCUCGAGACUUUCAUCCACUCUAAGGAGAAGCCCACCAUGCUGCAGUGGAUCGAACUCCUGACCAAACAGUUCAACAACAGCCAGGCCGCCUGCGAGUGGUUUUUGGAUCGGAUGGCUGAUGAUAACUGGUGGCCGAUGCAGAUCCUCAUAAAGUGCCCCAAUCAGAUCGUCCGACAGAUGUUCCAGAGGUUGUGUAUCCACGUCAUCCAGAGGCUGCGUCCCGUUCACGCUCACCUCUACCUGCAGCCCGGCAUGGAGGACGGCUCCGACGACAUGGACGGGCCGGUGGAGGACAUCGGGAGCCGGUCCUGCGUGACUCGCUUCGUGAAGACGCUGCUGUCCAUCAUGGAGCACGGGGUGAAGCCGCACAGCAAACACCUGACGGAGUACUUCGCCUUCCUCUACGAGUUUGCCAAGAUGGGAGAAGAGGAGAGUCAGUUCCUGUUGUCUCUUCAAGCCAUUUCCAUCAUGGUGCAUUUCUACAUGGGAACCAAAGGCCCUGAGAAUCCUCAGGUGGAGGUGCUGUCGGAGGAGGAGGGGGAGGAGGAGGACGAAGAGGAAGACAUCCUGUCUCUGGCCGAGGAGAAGUACCGCCCUGCUGCUCUGGAGAAGAUGAUCGCCCUCAUCGCUCUGCUGGUGGAGCAGUCGCGCUCAGAGAGACACCUGACUCUGUCUCAGAGCGACAUGGCGGCGCUGACCGGAGGGAAAGGCUUCCCAUUCCUCUUCCAGCACAUCAGAGACGGCAUCAACAUCCGGCAGACCUGCAACCUCAUCUUCAGCCUCUGUCGCUAUAACAACCGCCUCGCCGAGCACAUUGUGUCCAUGCUCUUCACCUCCAUCGCUAAGCUGACUCCUGAGGCUGCCAACCCGUUCUUCAAGCUGCUGACGAUGCUGAUGGAGUUUGCAGGCGGACCUCCGGGGAUGCCCUCCUUCGCCUCCUACAUCCUGCAGAGGAUCUGGGAGGUGAUCGAGUACAACCCGUCCCAGUGUCUGGACUGGUUGGCGGUUCAGACUCCCAGGAACAAACUGGCUCACAGCUGGGUUCUGCAGAACAUGGAGAACUGGGUGGAGCGUUUCCUGCUGGCUCACAACUAUCCCCGAGUCCGCACAUCGGCGGCGUACCUCCUGGUCUCCCUGAUCCCCAGCAACUCUUUCCGGCAGAUGUUUCGAUCGACGCGCUCGCUGCACCUGCCGACCCGCGAGCUGCCGCUGUCGCCCGACACCACGGUGGUGCUGCACCAGGUCUACAACCUGCUGCUGGGGCUGCUGGGACGCGCCAAGCUGUACGUGGACGCCAGCGUGCACGGCACCACGAAGCUGGUGCAGUACUUCAGCUUCAUGACCUACUGCCUCAUCUCCAAAACGGAGAAGCUCAUGUUCUCCGGAUACUUCAUGGACCUCUGGAACCUCUUCCAGCCCAAGCUGUCUGAGCCGGCCAUCGCCACCAACCACAACAAGCAGGCGCUGCUGUCCUUCUGGUACAACAUGUGCGUGGACUGUCCGGAGAACGUGCGUCUGGUGGUGCAGAACCCGGUGGUGACCAAGAACAUCGCCUUCAACUACAUCCUGGCCGACCACGACGACCAGGAGGUGGUGCUGUUCAACCGCGGCAUGCUGCCCGCCUACUACGGCAUCCUGCGCAUGUGCUGCGAGCAGUCGCCCGCCUUCACCCGCCAGCUGGCCUCGCACCAGAACAUCCAGUGGGCCUUCAAGAACCUGACGCCGCACGCCAGCCAGUACCCCGGCGCGGUGGAGGAGCUGUUCAACCUGAUGCAGCUGUUCGUGGCGCAGCGAGCCGACAUGAGAGAGGAGGAGCUGGAGGACGUGAAGCAGUUCAAGAAAACCACCAUCAGCUGCUACCUGCGCUGCCUGGACGGACGCUCCUGCUGGACCACACUCAUCAGUGCCUUCAGGGUUCUGCUGGAGAACGACGAGGACCGGCUGCUGGUCGUCUUCAACAGAGGACUCAUCCUCAUGACCGAGUCGUUCAACACUCUGCACAUGAUGUACCACGAGGCCACGGCGUGCCACGUCACCGGGGAUCUGGUGGAGCUGCUCUCCAUCUUCCUCUCCGUCCUCAAAGCCACGCGGCCGUACCUGCAGCGCAAAGAUGUGAAGCAGGCUCUGAUCCAGUGGCAGGAGAGGAUCGACUUCGCCCACAAGCUGCUCACACUGCUCAACUCCUACAGCCCCCCCGAGCUGCGCAACGCCUGCCUGGACGUCCUGAAGGAGCUGGUUAUGUUGAGUCCGCACGACUUCCUGCACACUCUGGUCCCCUUCCUGCAGCACAACCACUGCACCUACCACCACAGCAACAUCCCCAUGUCGUUCGGCCCCUACCUGCCCUGCAGAGAGAACAUUAAGCUGAUGGGAGCCAAGAACAACAUCCGCCCCCCCAGACCCGAGCUCAACAUGUGUCUGCUGCCAUCCAUGGUGGAGAGCAGCAAGGGUAAGGACGAGGUGUACGACAGGAUGCUGCUGGAUUACUUCCUGUCGUACCAUCAGUUCAGCCACCUGCUGUGUCGCGUCGCCAUCAACUGCGAGAAGUUCACGGAGACGCUCGUCAAACUGAGUGUGCUGAUCGCGUACGAAGGACUUCCUCUGCACAUCGCCCUCUUCCCCAAACUGUGGACGGAGCUCUGUCAGUCUCAGUCGGCUCUGGCUAAGACGUGUGUGAAGCUGCUGUGUGAGGAUCCGGCCUUCAGCGAGUACAUCAAGUGCAUCCUGAUGGACGAGAGGACGUUCCUCAACAACAACGUGGCGUACUCCUUCCUCACGUGCUUCCUGCACAAGGUGCAGGUGCUGUCGGGUCCCAGCUGCUCUAACCUGAUCAGUGUGUUGGUGACGAACCUGCUGAGUGAGCAGAGCAGCCUGCAGCCAGAACUCGCCGCUCACCGACUGGAACUGAGCAAGACCAGCGGCCUGCUGAAUGCUGACCUGAGGGCGCUGGUGCUGCUGCUGUCGGUGUCCCCCCCCCAGGCCGUGGACCCGGCGCUGAGCCCCGCCCUGCAGGAGCUGCUUGCUCGAUGCAGAGUGUGUGUGCAGCAGCGCAGCGCUCUGGAGCUGGAGGCCAAGGAGCACAAGGCCAAAGCGGAGGAGGAGGGAGCGACCCCGGUGAAGCGGCGCCGGGUGAGCAGUGAAGACGACCGAGGGGGGGAGGCAGCUCCUCCCUGCGUGGCCUCCACCUCCUCCUCCCUGCCCCCCUGCAGCGAGACAAAGCCCGACCAGCAGGAAGCGCUGACGCCGGCCAGCACCUCGGACACAGAGACGAGAGACUCCUCCUCCCUCAUCGACCCUGGCACCGAGCAGGACCCGCCCUCCCCUGAGCCGGGCCCCCCUGCCUCCUCCUCGGGAAACCUGGACUCUUCCCCCAAAGAGGAGAAGAUGGAGGCGUCUUCAUCGUCCUCCUCCUCGUUCUCCUCCUCCUCGUCCUCCCUGCUGCAGGAGGCGGGGGAGGAGCCUGAGAGACACAAUGAGGAGGAAGAGGAGGGGAGGAGGGGGGAGGCCCAAUCAGAGGAGGUGCAGGAAGAGAAGGAGGCGGGAUCUAAGACCAGUUUAGCCCCUCCCCUUCCUGAGGACACCGCCGCCGCCUUCCCAUCAUCCCUUGGGCUUGUGGGGGAGGGGCCAGAGGGUUGCAUUGGCACCGCCUCCUCCUCCUCCUCUUCCUCCCCCCAGGCGUUCCCGGGCGCCUCCCCCCCCGACAUGCUGGACAUGCUGUACAGGACGGUGGAGGCCACCAUCGCCAUAGUUACCAAACUGUCUGUUAAAGGCCCGCCCACUUCAUGACAUCAUCACCUCACAGCCGUCAUGAGAUCUUAAACUCCUCCCCCUUUUCUUUUCCUCUCUGGAAAUCUGAUUUCUGCUCCGAGGGAAAAAAACGUUCCCGUUUCCCCCAUUCUCCUCCCGCGCCGCUGAUGUUCAGUCGCUCGGUUCUCCAGCUUCAGUGGCGCCGCCGUGUUUCGCUCUGUAAACUCCACGCCCCCCCGCUCGACAGACAAAGAAAACAGAAAGUCGUUUAAAGCUACAGCACAUUUUUUUUAAAGGGCAAAAAAAGAAUAGUUUUUUGUUGUUUUCUGAGUGUUUUAUACUGAUUUGAAUUUAUUCGUUUGAGGUUUGCUGUAACGGGGAAGGUUUACAGAACUUUUGUCUCCUGUCUGUAAUUUAAUUUUAUUGCAUUUUUACUGUGUAUAAAAAUGGUCGUUCUCUGUGCCAGUUUUGUACUUUAUGAGCGAGGCAGGUGAAAGUUGCCUUGACUUCUUCUGUGGUUUGAAUAUCCAGAAAACGAGUUUACCUGUAAAUUAAGAGAACCACAAGACACUUGAUUCUGUAAAGAAUCCUCUCUAGUCAUUGCCUGAAGGUGUAUAUGAAAACUAUAUAAAUAUAUAUAUAAAUAUCUUUAUAUAUAUAUGAAUAUAUAAAAGCGGUGCUUUAUUUGACUGUGGUUGUAAUAAAGCCCCCCCCAUGUUGGACCA